GUUUUAGACUACCUAAACCCGUACUUUUUUCAAACCAAGACAUUGACGGUCAACUUUGCUCUCAACUUCUCAGACUAUUUCCCAUUCUCCCCUCGUUUCCCCGCCAACACUAAACCAUUGCAAUUUGCAAAUUUCCACCAAAUAACCGAAAUUUCUCUCGUGAUUUUAAAUCCUUUAAUUCUUUCAAUGUUGCUACGAACUAGUAUAAAUUUCACUGCAACAAUUUUUCCAAUUUCACAAAAAUUUCUGCCAUCUUCUUCUUGGAUAUUAAUGUUGCCAAUUUGAUCAAAAAAAAUUCUAUUCAAUCAUCAAACAUCAAAUUUCAUUCUAUUCAAUCAUCAAAAUGGCUAUUCAAAGUAUACAAAAGAUCCACUGUGAAUCUAUACCAAUUUCUUCUGGUUCUGAUGGUCCAAGAAAUGCUCUUUUCUUUUGUGGGCUUACAGGAGAAGGUACUGAUACCAUUAACCACGCUGACAUACCUUAUUGUUCUAUACACAGCAAUGAUGUAGCAACUGUACAGUGUAUAGAAUGUGUAAAUUAUGGACUGCCUGUCGAACACAGUUAUCAUUGCUCAAAAAAGUGUUUCCUAGAUGCAUGGAAGAAUCAUUAUUUGCGUCAUCGUAAUGCUAAUGUUAGCAAUUCUUGUAACAAGAAGGAUUCUAAAGCGCGGGGAACUCUAAAUAGAUGUAAUUUUUGGCCACCCGGAGAUAUGGUGUCAUGGUUUGAUGAAAAGAUAGAAGUGGUUGUACCAACUGGGAGGAUGUGGGUUAACAAGGUGGGCCCUUCAAAUGCUUUAAUACCAUCAGCUGAUGGUGUUGGCUUUAGUUUUAAGCUUCAAUCUGCUAGCCCGCACCAUUUACGAGCAGCAGUGUGUGCAGAAGAGACCUUUGUGAAAGACCCUACCAUUCAGAGGCUAAACUUGCCGCUUCGUUCUCUUAUUUGGCUACCAGAUUCACUGAAUACUGAGAAGCGUGACCUAACUGAAAAGGUUUCUAAAGUUGGCAAUUUUACUGUUCUAACUUAUAAUAUUUUGUCCCACGUCUGUGUUAAUAUGGACAAAUAUUUUUACUGUCCUGAAUGGGCUCUAACAUGGGAAUACCGCCGGAAAAAUCUGCUUCAUGAAUUGAUACAAUAUGAUGCAGAUAUUUUGUGCCUUCAAGAGGUUCAGAGCGAUCACUUUGAGAAUUUCUUCAAGCCAGAGCUAGAGAAAGUUGGCUAUUCUGUUGCCUACAAGAAAAAGACUGGUACAGGGCUAUACACUUGUACGUUGGGUAGUGGUUAUACAUUUGAUGGAUGUGCCACGUUUUAUCGCAAUGACAUAUUUAUGGAGGCUAAAUCAUAUCAGCUUGAGUUCAGUCAAUCUGCAUUAUCGCUGAUCGACAAACUAGAACUGGGUUUGAGGAAAGAUGCUUUAAAGCGUCUGAUAAAGGACAAUGUAGCUCUUAUUGUCAUAUUGGAGGUGGUGGGCAAUUUUGCUAAGAGUGCUGCAUCUUCUUCUAGACUCUGUGCUGCAUCUACUAAGAGUGCUGCAUCUUCUUCUAGACUCUGUGUGGUUAAUACUCACAUAUUUGCUGAUGUGAAUUUCGCUGACGUGAAGUUGCUCCAGGUUUCUGAUCUUAUCAAUGCAAUAGAAUUGAGCCAAAAGACUAUUGACCCAAGAAUGCCUCUCUUUAUCUGUGGGGAUAUGAACUCUAUUCCUGGAAGUGAUCCUUACAUUCUGCUCACAAAGCAUGAGGUGAAUGUUGCAUGUGCACAGGCACUAGAUCAACUAUGUAUAUUUCAGCAUCUCAAACUUCAACAUUCCAUGAAAUUGGCAAGUACAUAUGUGUCAGCAUUUUCCAAGUAUCUCAAUGAUACCAAAGGACGAAGGAUGAAAAUGAAGCAUUCGGAAACAGGGGAACCUUUUUUCACCAAUUUGUCACGUGCUUUCACCUGUUUGUCACCUUUUUGUGGUACUACUUUGGAUUAUAUCUUUUACACAGCGGAUAGCUUGGAAAUUGAAGGCCUCUUGGAGCCCCCUGACUUUGAGAGUGUGGGUAGAUCGCUUCCCUCCCCUUUGUGGUCAUCAGACCAUGUUGCACUCAUGGGAAGUUUUAGAAUUACAAGACCGUUUCUUGGGUGAAAUCGCAAGGUUCAUAUGAUGGGAGGCUGUGUAUGGCAUGGCUUUUAAGGCUAGCAAAUGGAGUUCUGAACUAGCUUCGAUUGUUUGGCAUUAGCUAAUGGGAGUAUCUUGGCUCAAAACACCAUCCUAUUGACUUAGUUGCAUGAUGCUGUACAAACCCUUAGCUUCAACUUCAUUAUGAGUCAUUGAGCAGAUGAGCACCCUGCCACUUUGUAAAACUCUGCUCAAAUAUCUAAUAUUUUGGAAUAGCAAAUGAAAGGUCCAACCUCAGAUUUUUCUUAAGCUACUCGAUUUCGGAUCAGAUAACUUCAGCAUGAUUAUCUGUUGUUAUUAGCAAGAUUAUUUUAGGCUUGUACAUUUGUUGUGUCUUCAGUGCUCUUAUUCAAUUGUUGAAGCCUUUAUUUUUUUCUAUUAA